AUGUUAAAAUAUUUAAAUAUAAUAUUAUAUGUCUAUUUAUUGAUUGUAUCAAGUGAUAGUAGACAAAGUCUUCGAGAUUAUAUUGUAUAUCAUGAAUAUUUAUCAGAAUUGAGACGAAAUCAAUUUUCAGUUUAUGAUCAAUCAGAAAAAAAUUUACUUUAUCGAAUUGAAUCAUCAUCAAAGUAUUCAUUUAAUCGAUUAAUUAAUCUUAUUGUUUAUCCAUAUCAUCAAAUAAUAGGUUGA